AUGGACCGAGCCCCAGCAGAGCAGAAUGUCAAGCUGUCAGCUGAGGUAGAGCCAUUUAUUCCCCAGAAGAAGAAUCCUGACACAUUUAUGAUCCCUAUGGCACUCCCAAAUGAUAAUGGAAAUGUUUCUGGCAUAGAACCAACUCCAAUUCCCAGCUACUUGAUUACUUGUUAUCCAUUUGUGCAGGAAAACCAGUCCAAUAGACAGUUUCCAUUAUAUAACAGUGAUAUACGAUGGCAGCAGCCCAAUCCAAACCCUGCUGGACCAUACCUUGCCUACCCCAUUAUUCCUGCCCAGCCACCUGUUUCUACAGAGUAUACAUAUUAUCAGCUGAUGCCAGCACCAUGUGCCCAAGUUAUGGGUUUUUAUCAUCCUUUUCCUACACCUUACUCCAACACCUUUCAAACUGCAAAUACUGUAAAUACUAUAACCACAGAAUGCACUGAACGCCCAAAUCAGCUUGGACAAGUCUUCCCGUUGUCCAGUCAUCGAAGCAGAAACAGUAACAGAGGAUCAAUGGUACCAAAACUUUUACAACAGCACAUAAAAAGCAAAAGGCCACUGGUGAAAAAUGUAGCUACUCAGAAAGAGACAAAUGCAGCAGGUCCUGAUAAUCGAUCAAAAAUCGUGCUUCUGGUAGAUGCUUCACAGCAAACCGAUUUCCCGUCAGAUAUUGCUAACAAGUCUCUCUCAGAGAGCUCUGCCACCAUGCUCUGGAAGUCCAAAGGCAGGAGGAGAAGAGCAUCCCACCCGACUGCCGAAUCUUCUAGUGAGCAGGGAGCUAGUGAAGCUGACAUUGACAGUGACAGUGGCUACUGCAGUCCCAAACACAGCAACAACCAGCCCGCCACAGGGGCUUUACGAAAUCCUGAUUCUAGCGCCAUGAAUCACGUGGAAUCAUCUAUAUGUGCAGGUAGUGUAAAUUGGUCCAAUGUAACUUGCCAGACAACUCAGAAAAAACCUUGGAUGGAAAAAAAUCAGACAUUUUCUAGAGGUGGAAGGCAGACUGAACAAAGAAAUUCACAGGUUGGAUUCAAAUGCCGAGGACAUAGUACUUCCUCAGAAAGAAGACAGAAUUUGCAGAAGAGACAAGAUAAUAAGCAGUUAAACCCCAAUCAGUCUCAUAGAAGUGACCCAAAUUUGGAGGCUUUAUAUAUUGAGGAUGAAGAUGGAUUUCGAGAAAUAAAUGAGAAUGGAAAUGCUAAAGAUGAAAAUAUUCAACAGAAACUUUCUUCAAAAGUAUUGGAUGACUUACCUGAAAACUCACCAAUCAAUAUAGUUCAGACUCCAAUUCCCAUUACAACUUCAGUUCCAAAACGUGCAAAAAGUCAGAAGAAGAAAGCGUUAGCAGCGGCCCUUGCCACAGCUCAAGAAUAUUCAGAAAUUAGUAUGGAGCAAAAAAAAUUACAGGAAGCUUUAUCAAAAGCAGCAGGAAAAAAGAGUAAAACACCUGUGCAGCUAGAUUUGGGGGACAUGUUAGCAGCUCUGGAAAAACAACAGCAAGCUAUGAAAGCACGGCAGAUUACUAAUACCAGACCGCUGUCGUACACAGUGGUCACUGCAGCUUCUUUUCACACUAAAGAUUCUACUAACAGAAAACCUUUAACCAAAAGUCAGCCCUGUUUGACAUCCUUUAAUUCUUUGGACAUUACUUCCUCUAAAGCAAAAAAAGGAAAAGAGAAGGAAAUUGUAAAACUAAAACGGCCCACAGCACUUAAAAAGGUUAUUUUGAAAGAAAGAGAGGAAAAGAAGGGCCGUUUAACUGUGGACCACAAUCUUUUGGGAUCUGAGGAACCAAUAGAAAUGCACUUAGAUUUUAUUGAUGAUUUGCCACAGGAGAUUGUUUCCCAGGAAGAUACUGGUCUGAGCAUGCCCAGUGAUACUUCACUCUCUCCAGCAAGUCAGAACUCUCCGUACUGUAUGACACCUGUGUCACAAGGCUCUCCAGCUAGUUCGGGGAUAGGCAGUCCAAUGGCGUCUUCAACAAUAACCAAAAUCCACAGCAAAAGAUUUAGGGAGUAUUGUAAUCAGGUUCUUUGUAAAGAGAUUGAUGAAUGUGUGACUCUUCUUCUUCAAGAGCUUGUCAGUUUCCAGGAACGAAUCUAUCAAAAGGAUCCUGCAAGAGCAAAAGCGAGGAGACGGCUGGUUAUGGGUCUGAGGGAGGUUACCAAACAUAUGAAGUUAAACAAGAUCAAGUGUGUUAUAAUUUCUCCAAACUGUGAAAAAAUCCAGUCAAAAGGUGGACUGGAUGAGGCUCUCUAUAAUGUUAUAGCCAUGGCCCGGGAACAAGAAAUUCCUUUUGUGUUUGCCCUUGGAAGAAAAGCUCUGGGACGCUGUGUGAACAAGCUGGUUCCUGUGAGUGUAGUGGGAAUCUUCAACUACUUUGGUGCUGAGAGCCUGUUUAAUAAGUUAGUAGAACUCACUGAGGAAGCCAGGAAAGCCUAUAAAGAUAUGGUGGCAGCAAUGGAGCAAGAGCAGGCGGAGGAAGCCUUAAAGAACGUGAAGAAGGUGCCACACCACAUGGGGCAUUCACGGAAUCCCUCAGCAGCCAGCGCCAUUUCCUUCUGCAGUGUUAUUUCUGAGCCCAUCUCUGAAGUAAAUGAAAAGGAAUAUGAAACAAAUUGGAGAAACAUGGUGGAAACUUCAGAUGGUCUGGAAACAUCAGAAAAUGAGAGAGAGGUUUCCUGUAGACACAGCACAUCUGAAAAAUCCAGUAAACUUCCAUCUGACACAGCCCCUGUUGGUAAGCAGCCAUCUUCAGUGGCCACAGGCAGUACUACCUCAGCUGCAAACCCUGGGAAACCAGCAGCGAGUGAGAAAGAGGAAGUGAAGCCGGAUGACCUGGAAUGGGCCUCGCAGCAGAGUACGGAGACCGGCUCUCUGGAUGGGAGUUGCCGGGAUAUUUUGAAUUCCUCCAUCACCAGCACCACCAGCACCCUUGUUCCUGGCAUGCUUGAAGAAGAGGAGGAUGAAGAAGAAGAGGAGGAGGAGGAUUAUACCCAUGAACCCAUAUCUGUAGAAGUACAGCUCAAUAGUAGAAUUGAGUCUUGGGUCUCUGAGACCCAGAGAACAAUGGAAACUCUUCAGCUUGGGAAAACCCUUAAUGGUUCUGAGGAAGACAAUGCAGAGCCAAGUGGGGAAGAGGAAGCAGAGGUGCCUGAGGUGCUGGAGCCAGGGAUGGACAGUGAGGCCUGGACUACUGACCACCAAGCAAGCCCGGAGCAGCAGAAGCCCAGCAACUGCAGCUCUCUGAGCAGCGAGCACUCCGAUUCUAACCCUACACCCCCAGAUCUCUAA